AUGGCGAGAGCGCACCUGGCUUGUCCCUCCCCUCCUUCCUUCCCUCCCUUGCCCUCCGCCGCCCCUCUUCCUCCUCCUUCCUCCCCCAGUCCCGAAGCCCCAGCGCGAGGUGCCCUUCUCGGACCUCCCCAGCUUCAUCAACGAUGCCGUGUACACAGAGGGUCGGUACCCCUGCCUGGUGGACCCAACUGGCAACGCGCUGAUGUUCUUGAAGUACCGAGCCCGCGUGCUCAGCUGCAUGCGGAAGGGGGAGCUGGAGCCGGAGAGUCUGAGAGUGGGCCUGCUGCAAAGCAUGCACAACGGCGGCUGGCUGGUGCUCGACUUCGACUCCCUGGUGGACUACGAUGCCGCGGCCAUCUUCGACCCGAGCACCUUUCCGAAGGAAGCGCUCGACCCAGAGGCUGUCUUCCUCGAGGAGACGUACGCGCCGCUCCUGAAGGCGGCCGACAAGUUCGCGCCCCGCGUGCAGUACGAGGCCAUGACGAACGUGGAGGCCCCUACGUUCCAGGACCGCACGAAGGCGCACGCGCCCGAGAGGGUCGCGUGCGUGAACGCAGAGUUCGACCCGCAGGAGGCGUUCCGGCUGGUGAUCGUCUGCAAGGACCGCGGCCGCCGGCGUUCCUGGCCGACAAGGUCGCCGCCUUCGACGUCGCCGCCGCGGGCGGCGCCGGGGACGCCGUGUGGGCGGGCGGCGAGAGGCCGAGGCUGGAGCGGGACGUGAAGCAGCAGAAGCUGGACACCGAACUCCUCGAGUGCGCCUUCGACGGGGACCUGGACGGGCUGAAGAAGGCCCUGGAGCAGGGGGCCGACGCGUACGCGCUGGACGGGCGCAUGGCCUCGGCGCUGUCGGAGGCCGCCGUCCAGGGGCACACCGAGGUCAUGCGCCACCUGCUGGACAACUUCAGGCUCUCGGACCCCAACGGCGCCCAGCACGACGGGCGCACGCCCCUCCACAGGGCGGCCUUCAACGGGCACAUGGAGGCGAUCGCCCUGUUGCUGGAGUCCGGGUCGGACCCGAGGCGGAAGGACCGUGCGGGGCAGCGGCCCUUCGACCUGGCCACCGGGGAGGAGGCGCAGAAGGCCUUGGAGGCCUGGGACGUGGCCCAGACCGACAAGAUUUUAGUCGAGUGGCGCAAGCUCAAGGAGGUGGAGGAGGAAAAGCUCGUCAAGAGCGACGAGGACAACCCGUCCACGGGGUGCGGGAGUGUUUGGUGGUGGUGA